AGCUUUUUAAAUCUCUUGCUGUGGUUUUUAUACAUUUUAUAGACUGUAACUUGCUGCACCUGUUGCCAUUCUCAUCCCCAAACCUCUAAUCUUGUAUAUCCAAUUGAUUAUUUGGAUUUCACACCAUCUAUAAAAGAGGUUGCUCACUUCAGAGGUCACACCUUAGAUUAAGUGCUCUCAUCUAGUUUUGCUCUUUGCUCUCUUGAAUACACCUACCAGCAGCUUCUCUGCUUUCAUGCCUGCACUGAGGGAUAAUCUCAGUCAUGACUCCACAUCUAAAACCUGAACCAGAACCUUAAAGCCUGCCUAAAUCGGAACAUGUGAUAACACAACCUUAGAAAAAAAGACAAUUUUUGAUCAAUUUUCAAAAAAAAUUCCAUUGAAAAACUUUAAAAUAUAACCACCUUUGAAAUCUAAAUGGUAAUUUAUCAGAAAGCAGUUUGACUGAUGACCAAACUCCAAAAUGUAAUUUCUUUCUAAAGUUGUGGAGGAGGUAUAUUGUGCACAAAUCAUGAUAAUCGUGUCUUAACAGCUUCAAGGAUUGUUUCAGAGUAUCUCAUGAAAUAUGAAAAACUGCAGCUGACGAUGAGCACAGACUAAGGAAAACAUCUUUAGUUCUUUUAAAUUAAAAUGUUAAUGUUAAACAUAAAAUUUCCCCUUGAAUCAUUUACAAUCCUGGGUGGAAUUUGGGGUUUGAUUUAAAUGAAUCACACCUAUACCACAGAACCUUGCUGCCAUUCUGAACCAUCACCCGUGGUGUGCCACAGGGUCGAGUCUUCGGAUCCCUUCUGUUUCUUUGCAAGUAGUUCUAUACAGAUAACACUUUAAUGUUUGUGUAUUUAAAAUUUACACACCUCAAAAUACUUGCUCAUUUCACAACUUGUCUUUUUUGUAAUUGAACAGCAUCAGAUGCUCAAGGUUUCAUAAAUUAUUUCUGUCUUGACUGUUUUAUAACUGACACAGAACAGUAGAACAUAUUGGGGAAAAUGAACAUUUUAACACAAUAGUUACUCACUGAGCUUGUUGUAUGUUUACCUGUUUCCUUUUUCCAUUGUACACCAGCAUAAAUGUGACAUAAGGAGCUAAUUGAUGUGCUCUGGGUGUGAGUUUACAUGGCUACCACUGAUGUGAAUUUCUCUUGCUGAGUAAAAAUAACUCUUCAGCUCCUGUUGACAUUCAGACUCUCUCUUAUCCCUGUAAAACACACUGAUUGUAAUUAAUGACCUUUAAAAUCCUCUUUAGAGUCAUUUACACACUGAAAGGUGAGAAACCAUGGUUUUCACAGCUUGCAGGCUUUAAAGUCUAAGCAAAAACGACACUUACAUUGACUUAACAUAUUAAGUUUCUUAAAGUUUCCAUAUCAAGAUGGAAAUAAUUCAGUUAAUAUCACAACCAUCUCUGCAGCUGCUCAUGCUUGGAGACCUUUUUGAGGUUAUUAGUCUGGAUUUACUUGUUCAGAUGUAAACGUGCAAAAUAUUUUAUAAUCAAAUGAUGAAACUCUUUUCAGAAAUGAACCAGGAGUCAAUUCCUCAAACCAUUUGCAACCUAAACAAUGAAAAUGUUGUUUGACAGAGCACCAGUCGACACCCCAGCGGUGAUGCUAUACUCUGUAUGUAUGGCACGCUGGGCUGAGAGAUUCCCAAGCAACUGAGUCUGAGUCUCUCUGCUGGACAAGCCAUGUGACACCAAUUCUAAAAUUGCCAAGAGAUCCCCCUGUGUGCCAGAAAAUAAUGAAAGAAAAUAAUUUAGUUCAUCUUGGAUAACCAAACGUCUGGCCUAAUAAACUAGCCAGGAUCUUUUUGCUUUAAAUCUUUAUUUAUUCUCAUAAAAGCACAUUUAGAUCAUCUCAUGAAAUAUGAAAAACUGCAGUUGUAUCGUUAGUUCUUUUAAAUUUAAGUAAAUGUUAAAGUUUCCUCUUGAAUUGUUUACAAUUCUGUGUGGAAUUUAAGGGUUUAAUUUAAAUAACUCAAGCUUCUAAAACAGAACUUUGCUGCCAUUCUCAACCAUCAAUGGCUCAGCUGACCCGUGGUGUGCCACAAGGUCGAAUCUUUGAACCCCUUCUGUUCCUUUGCAGGUUAAGGUAAUAGGGUUUGUUACCAGCCCUAUACAGAUAACUUUUUUAUUCUCAACAAAAAUUGUAUCCAGAUAAUCCUUUAAUUUUAAGGUAAAAUCCAGAAGAACUUUGAUUGUAUCAUCUAAAAGAGAAGCAAAUACGAACAGGUUUUAGUUGAAAAAGCAAAGCUGGUGCAAAACAAACAUCUGGAAUAGUUUGUUGUUAUGAUAAGAAAAGUUUUGCUUGCAUAUUUCUAAUGGAAAGACAUCAAGAGCAUUUUUAUUUUUUUGAUGUUUGGAUCUAAAGCAUCAUGUUUGUACAUCUGUGUGUGAGCUCACAUGAUCGUAAUGUAUUUUAUCUUGUACACAGCCUCCACUCAUGUAUGUGGUCAGCAUGUAAACUGCUCCUUACACUGAGUUUAUCUCCUGAUCACAUGAGGGUAAACAUGAAAUACAUUAAGUGUGAUUAUUUUAGCCACAGAGAAAAAGGUCUGUGAGGCUUCCUCCAGUUGACAGAUGGAUUAAUAAAAUUGUCUCCCAUGUGGGCCUGACCUGAUCCAUCUAUAAGUCAGCAGCGAGCGGGAUCUCUCCCAAUUGGACCAGAAUCACACAUUCACCCAUCUCAGGAAUUCAUGAAUAUUUUAUUACAUCUUAAUUAACAUGCUCAGCCCAUUUCAUCCAAAUAAAAUGUCAGAGACAGGUUGAGUAAAACAAGAAAAUGUGCUGUUUUGAUUCAGCUCCUCAGCUCUAGCGCAUGCUUCUCACGUACCUCUGUGUGACGUUUGCAGUGUUCAUCCAGAAGCCUACCCCCGAUGUCUCUUUCCUUCCUCUCUCUCUCUCUCUUCGUCGUUCCCUCCUGCCUUCACCUCCUACAUAUACGGCUCUUUUGCUUACACCUUCAGGCCGCCUGCACACUCUGCCCCCCCUUUUCCCUCACCAUCCAAGGUCGACUUUGAACUCUCGUUUCUGAAGAGACAGGAAUAGCAGGUGCACUGCAGAAUGCCGCUACAGCUCGAGUCCCAGCUCCACCAUGUCCUUGGCGUUCUGUGGGAGCGAGAGUAAUUCAUCGGCGUACAACGUGGACAGGGGUGUUCUGAACAAUGGCUGCUUCCUGGAUGCUCUUAAUGUGGUCCCACAUGUUUUUCUCCUCUUCAUCACCUUUCCCAUCCUCUUCAUCGGUUGGGGCAGCCAGAGUUCAAAGGUCCACAUCCACCACAGCACCUGGCUUCACUUUCCUGGACACAACCUGCGCUGGCUGCUCACCUUCGUGCUGCUCUUUAUCCUCGUCUGUGAGAUCGCAGAGGGCAUCGUCUCGGAUGGGUUCAGCCAGUCCCUCCAUCUUCAUCUCUACAUGCCUGCAGCUCUGGCCUUCAUGGCUGGCAUCACUUCUAUUGUUUACUAUCAUAACAUCGAGACCUCCAAUUUCCCCAAACUGCUGUUAGCCCUGCUCAUCUACUGGGUGCUCGCCUUUGUUAUGAAGACCAUCAAGUUUGCCAAGUACACAGAACAUGGCAUCAGCCCCGGGCAACUCCGCUACUGCAUCACAGGACUGCUGGUGCUGCUGUAUGGGCUCCUACUGGCUGUGGAGAUCAAUGUCAUCAUGGGCAGGCGCUACAUGUGUUUUGCCACUCCAAUGGAAGUGAAGCCCCCAGAAGACCUCCAGGACCUUGGCGUCCGUUUCCUACAGCCGUUCGUCAACUUGUUGUCCAAAGCCACCUACUGGUGGAUGAACACGUUCAUCACCUCCGCUCACAGGCGGCCCAUUGACCUGAAGGUCAUCGGCAAGCUGCCCAUCGCCAUGAGAGCGCUCACAAACUACAUAAAGCUCCGGCAGGAGUUUGAAGAGCAGAAGAAGCCUCAGGGCACGGCACCACAAGGUCCAAAAUGGAUCUGGCAGGCUUUGAGGAAAGCGUUCGGCAGGCCUCUCAUCCUCAGCAUCACGUUCCGCUUCAUGGCCGACCUGCUGGGCUUUGCCGGGCCUCUGUGCAUCUCUGGCAUCGUUCACCACAUCAGCAAAGACAAUCGCACCAUUCAGCAGCCGAUGAAGCUACUUGGCAUCUAUUUUAUUUCCUCUAAAGAGUUCCUGGAGAACGCGUACGUGUUGGCGGUGCUGCUCUUCAUCGCUCUGCUGCUGCAGAGGACCUUCCUGCAGGCUUCCUACUAUGUAGCCAUUGAAACUGGAAUCAACCUGCGAGGCGCCAUACAGACAAAAAUCUACAACAAAAUCAUGCGCCUGUGCACAUCCAACAUGUCCAUGGGAGAGCUCACCGUGGGUCAGAUUUGUAACCUGGUUGCUAUAGAUACCAACCAGCUUAUGUGGUUCUUCUUCCUCUGUCCUAACCUGUGGGCGAUGCCAGUGCAGAUCAUUCUGGGAGUGAUCCUCCUCUACUACCUCUUAGGAAUCAGUGCCUUGAUCGGAGCGACCAUCAUCGCUGUGUUAGCUCCUGUACAAUACUUUGUGGCCACAAAGUUGUCCCAAACACAAAAGAGCACUCUGGAAUACUCCAGCGAGCGUCUGAAGAAGACCAAUGAGCUUCUGAGGGGCAUCAAGCUGCUGAAGCUGUACGCCUGGGAGCACAUCUUCCGUGACAGCGUGGAGGAGACCAGAGGCAAGGAGCUCACCAGCCUGCAGGCCUUUGCUCUUUACACAUCCAUAUCCAUUUUCAUGAAUGCAGCGAUCCCGAUUGCAGCUGUGCUGACGACGUUUGUGGUUCACGUCCACAUUUCCGAGGACGCUGAUCUGUCCCCAGCUGUGGCCUUUGCCUCCCUGUCUCUUUUUCACAUCCUGGUUACCCCUCUAUUCCUCCUCUCCAGCGUGGUGCGCUCCACCGUCAAGGCCCUUGUGAGCGUUCAGAAGCUCAGUGAGUUUUUCUCAAGCGAUGAGAUUGGAGACGAGCAGGAGCCUAAAGCCACGCUAACCUCCAGCUGCAGCAAUCACAACCAAAACAGAUACCAGGCGGUGUCGUCCUCUAAGCCUUUCCCUUCGUCGUCCUCCUCCUUUUUCUCCCGGUACCUCCAGCCCCUGAAGGUGGUGAACCGGAAGCGCCCUCCAAGGGAUGAAUGGAACAACUACAGCUCACAAGGGGAGCAGGAGAGCGACGGGCCUUCUCAGGAAGUGGACCGAGACAUCUGCAUCAAGAUAACGGGGGGAUAUUUCACCUGGACAGACGGACCACCAACGCUCUCCAACGUGGACAUCAAGAUUCCCUUUGGAAAGCUGACGAUGAUCGUGGGUCAGGUGGGUUGUGGGAAGUCAUCUCUGCUGCUGGCAGCACUGGGAGAGAUGCAGAGGAUUUCUGGAACUGUCAUCUGGAACAGCCUGCCGGGUCUUGAGUCAGAGGGAGAUGAAAGCCCCACAGACAAAGAUGCUGCAAGUGACACAGACAUCAGGAAGAGAGGUCCAGUGGCCUACGCUUCCCAGAAGCCCUGGCUGCUCAACACCUCGGUGGUGGAGAACAUCACCUUCGAGAUGCCCAUGAUAAAAUCCAGAUACAAAACCGUCAUCGAGGCCUGCUCUCUCCAGCCUGACAUCGACAUUCUUCCACAGGGGGACCAGACGGAGAUCGGGGAGCGGGGAAUCAUCUUAUCGGGGGGGCAGAAGCAACGCAUCAGCGUGGCGAGGGCUUUGUACCAGCAGACCAACGUGGUCUUUCUGGACGACCCAUUUUCUGCUUUAGACAUCCACCUUAGUGACCAUCUGAUGCAGGAUGGCAUCCUGAAGAUGCUGAGAGAAGAGAAACGGACCGUCGUGUUGGUCACACACAAACUUCAGUAUCUGCCACAUGCUGACUGGAUUAUCGCCAUGAAAGACGGCAGCAUCCAGACUGAAGGGACUCUGAAGGACAUCCAGAACGCUGAACCUGAGCUCUUCGAGCACUGGAGGACUCUGAUGCACAGACAGGACCGGGAGUUUGAGACGGAGACGGUGGCGGCGAGCAUGACCGACAUGGAGCGAAAGAACCUUCGGAGGGCCAUGUACUCCAGAGACGCAGCAAGGACCGAGGAGGAUGAGGAAGAGGAUUCCGUUGAGAGUGAGGAUGACGACAACCUGUCUCAGGUGAUGCGCCAGCGAGCCACCAUCCCAUGGCGCUCCUGCGGGACCUACCUGUCCUCCGCUGGUGUCCUCCUGCUCACCCUGCUCCUCCUCUCGCAGCUCUUCAAACACACACUCAUGGUCGCCAUUGACUACUGGCUGGCACACUGGACGUCGCACGUCAUCACCACCAAGUUAGGCACCGCGGCUCACAACUGUACCGUGGUUCAGGCCUGCGGCUUCAGCCACUCGUGGUACCUGUCUGUGUUCAGCGUGCUGUGCUGCCUAGGCAUCAUCCUCUGUCUCGCCACCUCUGUGACGGUGGAGUGGACCGGCCUGAGGGUGGCCAAAGAGCUGCACCACAACCUGCUCAACAAGAUCAUUCUGGCCCCCAUGAGGCUGUUUGAGACGACGCCCCUCGGCAGCAUCCUCAACAGGUUCUCCACAGACACCAACACCAUCGACCAGCACAUCCCCACCACCCUGGAGUGCCUGUCUCGCUCCACCCUGCUGUGUCUGUCCGCCCUGGGUGUCAUCUCCUACGUGACGCCUGUCUUCCUCGUCGCCCUCCUGCCCCUCGCCGUGGCUUGUUACUUCAUCCAGAAGUACUUCAGGAUGGCUUCCAGAGACCUGCAGCAGCUGGAGGACAGCACCCAGCUCCCUCUGCUGUCCCACUUCUCUGAGACGGUGGAGGGUCUCACCACCAUACGAGCCCUCAGGUACGAGCCCAGAUUCAGGCAGAGGUUGCUACAGUUCACCGACGCCAACAACAUCGCCUCGCUCUUCCUCACGGCCGCCAACCGUUGGCUGGAGGUCCGCAUGGAGUACAUUGGAGCCUGCGUGGUGCUGGUGGCGGCUGUGGCCUCCAUCACAAACUCUCUCUACGACCAGCUGUCUCCUGGUCUGGUGGGACUCGGACUCACAUACGCUCUCAUGGUGUCUAACUACAUCAACUGGAUGGUGCGAAACUUGGCAGACAUGGAGGUGCAGCUUGGCUCAGUCAAGAGGAUUAAUGGCCUGCUCAAAACAGAACCAGAGAAUUACGAAGGACUCCUCACUGUUGCUCAGGUCCCGGACGGCUGGCCUCGGCAGGGAGAAAUCAAGAUCCAGAAUCUGAGCGUUCGAUACGACACCACCCUCAAAGCCGUACUUAAAAACGUUAAUGCGCACGUGAGCCCUGGCCAGAAGGUGGGGAUUUGUGGCAGAACAGGCAGUGGGAAAUCCUCCUUCUCACUGGCUUUCUUCCGCAUGGUGGACAUGUUUGAAGGGAGAAUCGUGAUCGACAACAUCGACAUCUCCAAGCUGCCUCUGCAGACCCUCAGGUCUCGGCUGUCCAUCAUCCUCCAAGACCCCAUCCUGUUCAGUGGCACCAUCCGGUUCAACUUGGACCCAGAGAUGAAGGCGACCGACGAAAUGUUGUGGGAGGCCCUAGAGAUUGCUCAGCUGAAGUCUGUUGUUAAAGCCCUCCCAGGAGGUUUGGAUGCCACGGUAACAGAAGGAGGUGAAAACUUCAGCCAGGGUCAGAGGCAGCUGUUCUGUCUGGCCAGAGCCUUCGUGAGGAAGAGCAGCAUCCUCAUCAUGGACGAGGCCACUGCCUCCAUAGACAUGGCGACGGAGAGCAUCCUGCAGAAAGUGGUGAUGACUGCUUUUGCUGACCGGACAGUAGUAACUAUAGCACAUCGAGUCCACACCAUCCUGAACGCCGACCUGGUGAUUGUGAUGAAGCGGGGGAUCAUCCUGGAGUACGACACCCCUCAGGCCUUGCUGGACAGGGAGGACAGCAUCUUCGCCUCCUUUGUGCGGGCAGACAAGUAGAAGCACAAGAAGAGCUCCAGAGCAUGAAAGGAAGACAUUCAAAGUGCAAUUGUUCCAUGGAAUGUACAUAUAUAUUGCCCUUUUUUAUUUUUUAAAUCAUGUAUUAUAUUUGUACAUAAAUACAUUAAUUCUUUAUAAAUAAAACAUAAAUUAUG